AUGGGUAAAAGAAAAUAUCAUCGAGGUCAUCGAGUUGAUGGGGUGUGGGUAAUUGGUGGAGUCGAACGGACAGAGGAAAAAGGAUGCUUCGUAGAAGUAGUUGCCGAUAGGACUGCUGAUACCUUACUUGAAGGGUAUAAUAGGCUUGAAGGUUUAAGUAUGACCCAUAAUGUAGUUAACCAUUCAGUUAACUUCGUAGACCCUGUAACUGGUGUUCAUACUAAUACUAUUGAAGGAUUGUGGAAUGGUUUGAAAUUGAGAAUCCCAGCUCGUGAUAGGACCAAGGAUGAAGUCACCAACCACCUCCAUGAAUUCGUAUGGAGAAAAAAAAAUAAAAAUAAUAUAUGGGGUGGUUUUAUUAAUGCUUUAAAAACCACAAGUUAUCCCGAUCCUGAAUAA